CUCGAGUAUAGCUUGCGCAUGAUCUUGCGUCGCAUGCCGGAACGCGAGCAAGUCUUGACUGGUCUAUUCAGCGCAGUGGGCAGAGUAACAGGCCGCGCGGUCCAGUAUUUGGCGCUUCCCCGUUGUCCGAUCGCCAAACCCUGGUCGAGGUGCGCCGAACGAUGCGCUAGACAAGCACAGAUUCAAAGGGACAAACAGUCGCGAGUCGUCAAUCGUCAGUCCUUUCUUCUACAAGUUGAGAAUGCGAGGCUCGAGCAGCUCUUCCAAGCUAUUCCUCGACGGCUACGCGCGGGGCCAUCAGUAGAGGAACUUUGCGAGGCGCUCGGCGACACAAUACGUACAAGCUGUUGGCCAGUCCGAUUCCUGCGUGCACCAUUGCGGAUGCGUCCGCUCGACAAGCAAAGUGGCUGAGCGCUCAAUAAAGGAGCCGGGGCUGGACGACCGGGAAACAUGAUUCAGGCCUUCUUUGUCCUCCCAAAGUGGCGCUUCGCCAAGAUGCCAGGCAGAGCAAGCUAGCUCUAGCCGUCACAAAACAGCGAUUGUAUAAGCGAGCCAAGCCGCGAGCAUCAAUAAAGUUCGCACGGAGAAAGGAGCGAAUCAAGGCACCGCG